GAGAAUAUGCUGGACUUUGUGUUUGCUGUUGAUGAUUCUGUGACCUGGCAUAUGAUGAACUUGUUAAAGAACAGGAGUCAUUAUUCCUUCCUAAAAGUUUUUGGGCCGAAACAGAUAAGUAGUAUCCAGAGCUAUGGAGCAGGGAUUUACUACAAUACUUUAGUACCAUGUAAUGGUAGGAUGAUAAAAUAUGGUGUGAUUAGCACUGAUACCCUGAUUGACGAUUUACUUCACUGGAAAACCCUCUAUGUCGCUGGACGCCUACAAAAACCGGUAACU